AUGAGCAUGACGGCGACACUAAGCAGCCAAAGCUCAGAAGCUCCGACUCGUGACAGUGCUGUCAAGCCUCCGCCCGGUGUAACGUCAAAUUUCGACGACCCUCCUGAUGCUGGACACAAUAUUGCGUUCUCUAUUGCCAUCACGAGCACAGUGUUGAUCUUGAGUCUAUUCCUGGUGCGAGGCUAUGUCAAGGUCUUUAUUCUUCGACAAAUUACAAUAGAAGAUGCUAACGGAGCGGGCUAUCAUGCUUGGGAUGUCACUACACAGCAAUAUGGAGUCAUUUUGAAGUGGCUCUACAUCACCAGUGUGCUGUAUUGCCCAGCUGCCUAUUUUAUAAAAGCAACCCUUUUGCUUCUCACAGCUAGAGUAUUCGCCAUCUAUGAGCGAUUAGCGAAGGCAAUCAAGUGGUUUGUCACAGCGCUUGCACUUACGUACAUCCCUAUCCAGUUUAUCAAAAUGUUUAUUUGCGUACCUGUCGAGUCAUUCUGGAACCACAAUAUCCAGCCGACGAGGUGCCUCAGCCAGGCAAAAGCAUUCAUUUUUGACCUCUCUUUGGCAAUUCUGACAGAUUCUAUCAUCCUAAUUAUUCCCAUUGUGUUGAUAUGGCACCUCGCCAUGCCCCUGACUCAGAGGCUCAAGAUCGCGGCGAUACUUGGUGCCGGAGGCAUAGCGCUGGGUAUCACUACCUAUCGGAUGUACCUACUAUCCUCGUACUUAGUGACAGAUGAUGUCACUUCAGCAUUUGUUUACCUCGACAUUACAGUGAUAUCGGAACUCACGAUAGGCUUCAUCUGCGCCUCUGUACCUUCCUGCAAUGUCCUGCUGGGACAUAUCAAAGCCCUCUAUAGACAGAGACAGGUGAGGCCGUCUGUGUCGGUGCAGCAGGAGCGCCACUGGCAAUCUGACAAGCACUGGUGGGACAACUGGCUCACAACCGAGAGAUGGACUGCACAUCAUUGGUCGAAAGGAGUGCGCAGUGGGAAUACAAUCAGUAUCGGCCGGGAUGGCGUGCGGGGACAGCGAGCGACCGAUUACAGUGCGGGAGCCAAUUCGGGAGUUAUGAUCACUGAAUAUGCUGCAGAUAGGGCGUCGCGGGGAGUAGCCGCGAUCACAGAUCCAGCUUCCACAUUUGGAGACGAAUAG